GAGCAUGUUCAUUGUAAUUAAGCAUAGAGACUUGGCUUAUAAAUAGAGACCUUCACUCAGUGCAAGCUUUGUGUGCAAGUGUACUUGGUUUACAUUAGGCAGCAAGUUCUACAAAAUUUCAAAAGUGAAAUCCUUAGAAUUCGAAAGAAGUUUUACCUAUGGCGUCAUUGGAGGAAGCCAUUGAAGGAUUGAAGAAGUUUCUCAGUAACAAGGAUGAUGUGGCGGUUGCACAAAUUGAGAAGUUGAUAACUGGAUUGCAAGAGACAGAUCUCAAUGAAUUUGACCCAGUUAAAAGGAUUUUAGAAGGGUUUCGACACUUCAAGAUCAACAAAUUUGACAAGCAUCCUGAAUUGUACGAGAAACUUGCUGAAGGCCAGUGGCCCAAGUUUUUGGUAUUUGCAUGCUCAGACUCUAGGGUGUGUCCCUCUCAUAUCCUGGACUUUCAACCUGGGGAAGCCUUCAUGGUCCGCAACAUUGCUAACAUGGUUCCUGCUUUUGACAAGCUGAAAUACUCUGGAGUUGGUGCAGCCAUUGAAUAUGCUGUCUCAGUUCUUGAGGUACAAAAUAUCCUGGUCAUUGGACACAGUCGAUGUGGUGGGAUAAAGAGGCUUAUGACUCAUCCUGAGGACAAUUCUGCUCCUUUUGACUUCAUAGAUGAGUGGGUCAAAAUUGGAUUACCUGCGAAGGUCAAGGUCCAAGCAGAGUUUGGUGACUUGCCAUUGGAGGAUCAAUGUAAACAUUGUGAAAAGGAAUCAGUGAAGUUAUCACUGUGUAACUUAGAAACUUAUCCAUAUGUUCAAAUGGGGCUGGCAAACAAGAAGCUGAGGUUGAUGGGUGGCUACUAUGAUUUUGUCCAUGGAAAAUUUGAGCUCUUGGAGUUUGAGCCUUGCUUUCGUCAUCUCUUCUCCACAUGAUCAGUCUCAAUUGUAUCAAGAAAAUUUGAUAUUAUUUUCCUUGCUCUACUUCACAUAUAUGCACUACUGUAUUUCCCUUUAUGGACAAUAAAAUCAACAUGCACCAAAUAAAAGCAGAGCAUCUCUUUGUGUGCUCGCUUUCGCAUGUUGAUCUUUGUUACCCUUUAAAUUCUGAGUGCCAACUUGUGCAAUAAUAAUUAUGUUCUUUCCUACA